CGCGGCCGACGCUCGCUUCCUCCGUUGGGGACCCGGCUUCACACGGCCUGAACGCCCAGUCGUUUGUGUUCUGCUCGCCCACAGCGGCCAGAGCCGACGUUAGCGGCCGCAGUCCCGGCCGGACAGGCCCUGCGUCUCGGCCGCCGCCGCCGCCUGGCCGCGCGGCCCGCUCCGAGGCGCUCGUUCUCGCCCCACCCUCCCUCUCCCCCUUCACGGAAACGACAGCUGCGGCGGCGGGGCUGGCGCCGCCUCCCUCCACCUACCACGUCUGCCCCCGCCACUGUCGCCCGGCGCCCCAGCCCGGCCGCGGCGCCCCCGCCUCCCCGCUAGGUCAGCCGGCAGCUCCGCCCGGCGGCAGCCCAGGAUGAACAUCAUGGACUUCAACGUCAAGAAGCUGGCGGCCGACGCGGGCACCUUCCUCAGUCGUGCCGUGCAGUUCACAGAAGAAAAGCUUGGCCAGGCAGAGAAGACAGAAUUGGAUGCUCACUUAGAGAACCUCCUUAGCAAAGCUGAAUGUACCAAAAUAUGGACAGAAAAAAUAAUGAAACAGACUGAAGUGUUAUUGCAGCCAAAUCCAAAUGCCAGGAUAGAAGAAUUUGUUUAUGAGAAACUGGAUAGAAAAGCUCCAACUCGUAUAAACAACCCAGAACUUUUGGGACAAUAUAUGAUUGAUGCAGGGACUGAGUUUGGCCCAGGAACAGCUUAUGGUAAUGCACUUAUUAAAUGUGGAGAAACACAAAAACGAAUUGGAACAGCAGACAGAGAGCUGAUUCAAACAUCAGCCUUAAAUUUUCUCACUCCAUUAAGAAACUUUAUAGAAGGAGAUUACAAAACAAUUGCUAAAGAAAGGAAACUAUUACAAAAUAAGAGACUGGACUUGGAUGCUGCAAAAACCAGACUAAAAAAGGCAAAAGCUGCAGAAACUAGAGCUUCACAACUAAACUCAGCUCGCCUUGAAGGAGAUAACAUUAUGGUAAAUUUCUCUUACAUGCUCAACUUCCUGCAUGUAAAAUGGCUGAAGAUUUGGGCAGAGGAAGUGACAAAAUCUGAACAGGAAUUAAGAAUAACUCAGAGUGAAUUUGAUCGUCAAGCAGAGAUUACCAGACUUCUGCUGGAGGGAAUCAGCAGUACACAUGCCCAUCACCUCCGCUGUCUGAAUGACUUUGUAGAAGCCCAGAUGACUUACUAUGCACAGUGUUACCAGUACAUGUUAGACCUCCAGAAACAGCUGGGAAGUUUUCCAUCCAGUUAUCACUGUAACAACAAUCAGACUCCUGUGGCACCUAUACCAUCUGCUUCAUCAAAUGUGAUUGGUUCUUCUGCCUUGACUUCCACAAGUGGCCUAGUAAUCGCCUCUCCUUCCAACCUCAUUGACCUUAAGGAGUGCAGUGGCAGCAGGAAGGCCAGGGUGCUGUAUGAUUAUGAUGCUGCAAACAGUAGUGAAUUAUCACUUCUGGCAGAUGAGGUGAUCACUGUGUUCAGUGUCGUUGGAAUGGAUUCAGACUGGCUUAUGGGGGAAAGGGGAAAUCAGAAGGGCAGGGUGCCAAUUACCUACUUAGAACUGCUCAAUUAAAUAGGUGGACUAUGGAAAGAUUACCCAACAUGAUACCAUAUUUAUAUACAAUUAACUCUAAAUAAAGCAGGUUUAAGUAUCUUCCAUGUUAAUGUCUUAAGAGACUGAGAAGAAAAUACCAGCCUUCAGAAACUGGCCUUUCUGCCAAUAAAGUUGCAUGGUAAAUAUUUCAUUACAAAAUUUAUGUUAGAGCUUUCAUGCCAAGAAUGUUUUCUUAUAAAAUUCUCUUUCUACUGAGGUUUCACUAAUAAGCAGCUUCUACUUUUGAGCCCCAACUUAAAGCAGAAGAACUGUUUUCUACUGAAUUUUUCAUUAAUGGCAAGCUUUUUCUUUUAUGUAAAAUAAAUUUAUUGUGACUUGA